CAACAGAAUUUGUACUGAGAGCAUUUGCUUGUUGGAAUGCUGUAUGAACAUCUGCUGAUGACAUUCAGGAAGAGUUGUCAGCAUUCUCCGGGGAACCAACCAUUACUUCACUCUGGUCUGAUACUACUGUCCACUGACUUGUGGAGGACGUUGAAUCACUAGGAACCAUUAUGGUUGUUAGUGAUUGAUCAUCGAUUGCGUCCCAUAUUUCCAUCACUGCAUGUUGAAUCUUUCGUUUUGCCAUCCUGAAUGUGUAAUCAUUACUAGCUUCUUUAAUUGCCCGAAGUUCAGAUAUUACAAAAUUGCCAAAUGCCUCACAUUCAUCAACAUUUAUCGAGCCCUCCGGUUUUUGAACUGCAAGCUUUGCCAUUUCUUUCAUUGUAUGAGAUGCUUGGGAUAAAAGUGAAUCAUAAGAAUCAGAGUCUAAUUUCCUUUUUUUUUUUGGCGGCAUGUUUCAUGUGUGAUGUCGAUGGUGUUCGCUGUGAUUCUGUUAUUUUGUAAUGCAUGUUUGUGUUGUUUUUCUCAUUUUCUUGAGAUGGCGAUUGUUCUCGAGGUAAUUGAAGUUCAUCAUGCAAUGGGGUUUCUUGAAGAUUCUGAAACAAAUAACAUUUGUUAUAUUAUUUUUUCAAGUUCCAAGAACCUCUGAGGAAUGGGAAUUUGUAGCAAAUGAGUUUGAGAAGAAAUGGAAUGUAUACAAUACAAUAGGAGCAAUGGAUGGAAAACAUAUCCGUAUAAAAUGUCCCAAAAACAGUGGUUCACAUUAUUUUAAUUACGAACAUUUUAACAGCAUCAUACUGUUCGCUUUAGCUGAUGCUAAUUAUAAAUUCCUGUAUGUUGAUGUUGGGGCAAAUGGCAGAGUUGGUGAUGCUGGAGUGUUUGCCAACAGUACAUUGAAACAAUGUCUGAGUGACCGAUCACUUUUAAAUAUUCCAAAAGAUAGGAGACUGCCCAAUUCAAAUUUGGUAUUACCUUUUGUUGUGCUUGCUGAUGAUGCAUUUCCUUUACGUCACAACAUUAUGAAGCCCUACCCAUUGAAAAAUAUUACCAAGGAAGAAAGAAUAUUCAAUUACAGAUUGUCUCGUGGAAGACGAAUGAUCGAAAGUAGUUUUGGAAUCUUGGCAACUCGUUUCCGUGUGUUUUUAACAACUAUUAAUUUACCACCAGAUAAAGUAAAGUUAAUUGUGCUUGCUGCUUGCACAUUACACAAUAUGCUGGUUGAAAAACGAAAGCACAUAUAUACUCAUACAGACUUUCGAACUGUUGAGUUAGGUGGUCAUUGUUUUAUUGAACCAUUUACUGAAGAAGUGUGUCAACAAAUGCAGCCUAUACAACAACAAAGAAAUUUUGGUCAUAAUGCGACAUGGUACUGAAAUACGUAAUGACUUCAAAACAUUUUACAAUGGGCCAGGAAAGGUUCCAUGGCAAGAUAACUACAUAGGAGGCAACUAACUAAGUACAGUACUUACAUACAUAACUUACAUUUUGUUCUUCAAUGGACGGAUUUUGUGAAAUUUCCACAGUACAUAGUGAUUCAUCUGGUGUUAGUGAUGCAUCCAGAAAAUUUAACAUUGGAAACCAAUAAGCCAUCGGUUUGAAAACACUGUCUGCAUUUGCUCCGCUUUUCAUGCUUUUAAGUAUCUGUAAUAGAACAGAACAAAAGUGUUAAAAAAAACUGUUAUUUGUUUAGCUCAAUACUAGUCUCUUCGUCACUUGUUAUUCAAGGAUAUGAUAUGUAAGUACUGCUUCAUGUUUACGUUUACAUUAGAGACGUGCGAGUCUCGUUAAUAUCGAGAAAUUAUCGAGAUCAAAAUAUUCUCGAUUUCGUCUCGAGAACAUUUUAGAAUUUCCGAGAAUUUCGAGAAUUUGAAUUGCUUAGCUGAUUGUCUACUUAUGCAUUUAAAUAAAACGAAGUUUUUACUUACACGUAAAAAAAGAGCUACUAGGUACUUAAAAUAAAAACUUGAAUUAGUCACCACAUGCCGACAUAAAACAGUGUAUGUUCUAUUGUUUAUUUUCCACGUUCACGUAAAUUUUUUUCGAAACAGUGACGUUUCACAAUACAAACGAACACCAAUACAUGUCGCACUUUAAAAAUAUAUCAUAUUUUGAAAGAACGUCGCUUGGAUCGCUAGCAACAACGGCACGGAUACGGCAAGAAGUGAACACUCACUGUUUGUGUGUCCCGUAAUCUAUGGAAAGAGCUCAAUACUUUGUUUAUUUUCUUUUUGGGGUUAAGUUUAGUUUAAAUUACCGGGAAAUAAAAGAUUGUGCCAGUUUUUUUAUUAUUAUUUUCAGCGCUAAUACAUGUAAUUAUUAGAAUGGCUGAUAGUUCUGGAAAUGUUCAAGACCGUAAAUUGUCGCACAUUUGGAAAUUUUAUGAAAAACGAAAGGGUGAGGGUGAGUGCAAAGUGUGCAAAAAACGUAUUCAGACGCCUACUGGUUCAACAAGUGGUCUCUUACGACACUUGAAACUUCAUCCAGCCGCCGAAAAGAAUUAUUUGGAUUUAACAAAGGAAAAAGCUACAAAACAAAAAGAAAAUUCUUAUAGACAGUUAUCAAUUCAAGACUGUGUCACAAAGAAACAAAAAGUUAGCGAAGCUAGAAAAACCAUAAUUGACAGGAAAAUUGGUGCAAUGAUGGCAUGUGAUUUUCAGCCAUACAGCAUUGUAGAGGAUCGCGGAUUUAAAGGACUGCUCAAUGAACUAGAACCAGGUUAUGAAGUACCAUCUCGCACUACAUUUUCCAGGUCUAUUGUACCAAAAAUUUACCGUGAAGAAAAAGCCAAACUUGCAGAAGAAAUAAAGACAGAUGUUGAUGAUGGACUUCAGUCUGUUUCAUUUACUACUGACAUGUGGUCAUCCGCAAGGCAGGACAGUUUUAUUUCUCUCACAAGUCACUAUUUGACAAAAGACUUUGAGUUGAAAUAUCAUGUCCUUGGAAAUUACCACUUUUCAGGUUCGCACACUGCUCUGGCAAUCCAAGAGAAGUUGACAGCAGCUAUAGAGGAAUGGAAUUUUCCCACCAAUUCAAUUCCAUUGUACGUAGUUACAGAUAAUGCUAAGAAUUUCACAGCUGCCAUAAACAAAACAUCAUGGAUUCACACACGGUGUUUUGCCCACACACUACAGUUGGCAGUUCAAGAUGCUAAAAGUGAACACAAUGUUGCAGACCUUCUAGCAAAAGGCCGGGCAAUCGUGGGACAUUAUCGCCACAGCAAUAUUGCUCGAGAAAGGCUUCAUGCUCUGCAGCUAAAGUUGAGCAAACCUGUACACGAGCUGUUACCAAUGGUGCCGACAAGAUGGAACAGUGAGUUUACAAUGCUCUCCCGCCUUGUUGAGCAGCAGGUACCCUUAUCUGCAGAUCUAGGAGAUUCAAUGGCAGUAGAAAAUUUUACAUUGAGUGAGUGGAAACUUGCUGCUAAUGUAGUAAGUGUGUUACAGCCAAUAGAACAAGCCACAAGAGAGCUGUGUUAUUCUAAAUUUCCCACUAUCUCUUCCAAAAUACCUUUGCUGUAUGGCAUUGAGGCAACACUUUCUAACUAUGUUGAAGAACAAAGUAACCCUGGAAUUGCAUUUGCUAUUUCUCUUCAGAAAAGUAUUAAAUCUAGGUUUCCGUUGUACACAACAGUAAAAGAAGACAUGAUUGCAAUGGUACUUGACCCACGCUUCAAAAACAUUUUGCUGCAAGAUCACGAAAAUCUUAUUUGUGUGCAGCGUAUUACUUCAGAUCUCAAAGUGGUUGUUGAUAAAAAAACAGCAUCUGUUCCAGAAGAAAAUCCAUCAGAUACAGUUGAAGCCAGCUGUUCUCUGUGGAAUACUUUUGAACAUCUGAAGAAAUCAAGCUGUUCCUCAGUAAAGUCACCAAGAGUUGAAAAUGAACUUACCAUUUAUCUUGGUGAAAAUGUUAUCCCCCGAUCAAGUGACCCUCUUAUGUGGUGGCAGCAGAACCAGUCACGUUUCCCUGCGCUUGCCAGAGUCGCAAGAAAAUAUUUAGCCAUACCAGCCACGCAGGUGGAAAGCGAAAGGCUUUUCAGAAGUGCUGGUAACACUGUUACAUCCAGAAGAGAGAAUCUGUUGGCCGAAAAUAUAGAGCAGCUUGUCUUUUUAAACAGCAGAUUUUAAAUGUGACCUACCAAAUAAAGUUGACUGUUUUCAAUAAUAGGCUAUUGAAAUGAUCAUGUGACUACAGUGCAGGACUAUUUAUUUUUGUGGAUUCAUUUUUGUAAAUGUAUAUUUUAUAGCAUAUAUGUAGUCCUUUCAUUUCUUUCAUUAAAUAGCUUAUGCAUGUAAAACUGUUGAUAUUUGCACAUCAAGAAUUACAAAGAACUCAAGAGGAAAGAGUAGGGUGGGCCCAAUUUAUUGCAUCUAAAAUCUCGUUGAGGAAAACUUCACUGACACCAAAUUUCAAUUUUGAAAUAAGAAAAAAAAAACUGUAUUCUCGAUCUCGUCUCGGUUCUCGAGAAUUUUAGUAUUUGUGUCUCGAUCUCGUCUCGGUUUUUGAAAAGGACUUCUCGCACAUCUCUAGUUUACAUAACAUGCAAG